CAGCCGUCCGACUCUCAACUGUGUCGGAGGAGGAGAGAGGUCCUGUCUGGGUCCAGUGGCAGCUAGCGAAAGCGCCACAUUUUGGCAUACCUGUCCAUCUUUGGGAGCACUGUACAGGCCAAUGCCUCUCUCUCGCAAUCAGCAGCAACGAAGUCGCUGACCCCGAAUCCUGGUGGUAAGCGAUUCAGGGCGUGCGCUGGCGCUCCACCAAUUACGAGGGUUGCAACCUUAUCAAGUUCUCUGCAAUGGCAUUGAAGAGUGCGAGCCGUCUGUCCUCAUUCACAGAGCCGCAACUUCUCUCCCAGUCACGCCCCCAAACAGCUAAUUGCGGUGAGCGGAAUGGCUGUGGGAUUCAGCUGAAUGCAAGAGAACUCCGGCCACAAUCGGUAAACCAUUUGCGCAACCAUGUAUCACAGAAAGCAGAGUUGGUAAGAUCUAGGAAAGAGAGAAGACGGCAGAACAACGUGUGCUGCUGCGCUGGCUUGCAGCCAGACAUGCCCGGGCCGUCACGGGAGGCAAGAAAUCUAGAAGCAGAGGAUGCUGAAAGCCUGUCAUUGCAGAUUGAAAGAUUGGAACGAGAACGGGAUUAUGCCAUUGAGAACGAAGACUAUGCAACAGCGGCGCGGUUGAGGGAUCAACUCAAAGUGAUGCAAGAGGACCACGUGGCAGCUGUGGUGGCUGCCAACAAGCUGUUUUACCGGUGUUUUCAGCAGGGGGACGCUAAGGGGAUGGCGCGCAUCUGGGCGAAGGGGGACCACAUCGGGGUGGUGCAUCCGGGGGCCAAUCUCAUCAGUGGGCGGGAUGACGUUAUGGCCAGCUGGGACCUCAUACUCGAGAGCUUUCGGACGGUGCGGGUAGUCAUCGACCUGGAAAACAUCCAGGUGCACGUAAAUGGGCGGACGGCCCUCGUAAACUGCAUCGAAGUCAUGAGCGGGGAUCGAGUGGGGGGCCGAGUUGUGGCUACGAACCUCUUCGAGUGGCACGACGGCCGAUGGUUGAUGAUUCUCCAUCACGGUUCCGGAGCAGCUAUCAGCUUCUGAUGUCUAGCGUGCCGACUUCUUACGUCCUUGCCGUGCGAGUUGCGAAUACUACGUUUCAAAAAGGUCGAUACAACCAAAAGACCUGGGCUUCAAAGAAGCUGUAUUGAACGAACUCCUUUCUGACAGUUCAAGGUCAUCCUGCGCUGGAAAAAAGACAUGUAACGAUCAAGUUUAUUGGUGUGAAGCAGGGUUUGGCGUCGUGCUUAUCGUAGUGCUGGCACUCACACGGGAAAGUCACAGUAACGAGACGCGACGUCGGCCAGGACAAAGCAGAACCUUGUGCAGAAUUGCGAUUGUAGUGCUGGCCGGACGCGCCGGCAACCGCCGUAAAAAGCGCUCGAUCGAUGAAGCGUCCUCUUUUGACAAAAAUGGUGUCCAGCACCUCCAAGAUCUACUGCGAGCGCCGCAGGCUGUGCCGUCGUUACCGCCGC